AUUGGCAUUGUCAGAUUGGUGAAACUUGAAAUAAAUAUUUGUCUUAUUGUCUGUUUUCAUUUUAUUUAAAUGUAAAUAUAUCGUAGCCGUGUAAACGAUAUGAAUAAAAAUGUUAAAUAUCUGUGCUGUGUAUGUUCAGGCUGUGGUGAACAUGAUGUAUUCGGUCGAAUCCCGGUCAAUGUUCAUGCGAACCCAAAUGAAUUUCGUUUUUGGAGAGAGACAAUAGCUGAAAUGAUUGCUGAUAUUUCGGGCAUUUAUAUCACUCGAGACGAAAAGAACUAUCCGCAAAAAAUAUGCACCAUAUGUUUAUCGUAUUUAAAACACGCCGUUGUCUUUCGAAGACAGGUCAUUAGCAAUGAUCGUUGUAUGCGACAACAAACCUUCUAUCCCGGCACUGAGCCAUACAAUAUAAAAAUGCUAAUGCCGAAUGAAUUCAAUAAUGUUGGUGAUGAUAUAAAUUCAGCGCCAGAGGACAUAACAUUUGACAGUCUAAAAUUGGAAAUCGAAGAAGCAUUCGGUGGUGAAUGUAUUGAUUCGGAUGAAGAUGAUGCCGACGAACCCCCAGUCUCGAAUACACUUUUCAAUUAUAAAGAAAAAAGUUUUACCGAAGACGAUAUUACGGAUUUUGUAAACGGUUCGGUGAUUAUAACCAUACCUGAUGAAAUGCGUGAACGAAAAUGUGACGCAUGCAAACAACGAUUCAUGUUAAAAGAAUCGUUUGACCAACACUUGAAAGAGUGCAUUGAAUUGAAAUUAAACAAAUUCAUCAUGGAAGGCUAUCAAUUAUUAUCAAUGCGAAAAUCUCGUGCUCUCUCUGCAAACGAAUUCAAUCGACGAAUGAUUUUUGCACUGAAAAAAAUGGUCAAAUCGUUGACAUCAUGCUAUAAAGAAGUAUCAGAAAGUCCAUCGACAAAUCUUGACGAUAAAACUAUAAAGAAAAAUAAUGUAUUAGAUUCAUGCGAUAUUUUAUCAAAAUCGAAAAAAGCCGUAAACACAGACACCGAACAAACACAAUUGUCAUCAUUACGAUUUCCAAAUUUAUGGAGUUCAUUGGAGGGCAAACCAAACGUUAGCAUACAAAAGAAUCAUUUGCUGGAAAAUAAUCAACAUAGUUUUGUCACGACUGAAAACGGUGAAAACCAUGACCAAAUUAAUACGGCAUUAAGUAGUACACCAAUUUCAAAUCAUUUUAAAUCAAUUGACAACAGCAAUGGCAACGACGAAUCAAUGCCAGAUUCAUUAUUACAAUUUAAGAAGACUCACGAAAAACUAAAACAUCGAAAUCGAAUCGAUUUCAGUACAAUUGUUGCACAAUGCAGCCAAUGUAAUCAAUCAUUUUCUUCAUUACAACAGUUCGAAGAGCAUAUUCGCAAGAAUCACAACACAACAUCAUCUCAGCCAUCAGAUAUUAACCCAGGACAGUCUCCAUUGACCGUCGAUGAACGCAACGACACACUGAAUUCAGACGAACGAAAUACAUUGCUGCAAAUGUUAACCAAUGCAACCAUCAAAUUUUGACAUGAUACAAAACAUUCAUGAAAUUCCGCUGUUUUACUUAAAAUCUACAUUCGACGAUGAGACUGUUUAUGUAUUGAUAAAAUACAUAAUUUCAAUAAAUUUAAAGUCUCAAAGUUCAAAAUACAAAUUAAAAAAAAAACAUACAAACAACCAAAUUAUCAAUAUUUUUCUAUCAUUGUCGUAUCAAAAAUAGAACCACCAAUUCGGACAAUUGAAUUUUCAGUAAAUUUCAAAUGAACGAAAGUUGAAUUUACCCAUUACAGUUAGUACACAAAUAAAAAUGAAUC